CACCUCCUCCUGGUGAGUCCUGGGUUCGAGCCUGGGCCCCGCCGGCUCCCGAUUUGCACCUCGGCGCCCGGCUGCUUCUCCCUCUGGCCGGCUGGUACUCCUGGACUCCCCUCCCGAGGCGUCCCCUGGAGAGGCAAAGCCAGGCUCAGGCUCCCCUUGGGCGCGCUGCCGCUCUUCUGUUACAGGCUGUCGGGCCAGGACCCCUCAGGGACUUUUUGUGGGGGAGGGGCGAAUCGUGCACGGCCUAGGGGGCCGCGUUCCUCGAGAAAGGCAAUGCGGGGCUGUGGCGGGGAGGACGACCGAGUGGAGCAGUCUGAGGCACACCUUUAACCCUUAGCUAAGCUCCUAUGCCACUUCAUACCUUCAUUCACAGAAAGGGAAGAUGGAAGAGCUGAGUCAAGCCCUGGCCAGUAGCUUUUCUGUGUCUCAAGAUCUGAACAGCACAGCUGCCCCACACCCCCGCCUGUCCCAGUACAAGUCCAAGUACAGUUCCUUGGAGCAGAGUGAGCGGCGCCGCCGACUAUUGGAACUGCAGAAAUCCAAGCGGCUGGAUUACGUGAACCAUGCCAGACGACUGGCUGAAGAUGACUGGACAGGGAUGGAGAGUGAGGAAGAAGAUGAUAAAAAAGAUGAUGAAGAGAUGGACAUUGACACUGGCAAGAAGUUACCAAAACGCUAUGCUAAUCAAUUGAUGCUGUCUGAGUGGUUGAUUGACGUCCCUUCAGAUCUGGGGCAGGAAUGGAUUGUGGUCGUGUGCCCUGUUGGAAAAAGAGCCCUGAUCGUGGCCUCCAGGGGCUUUACCAGUGCCUACACCAAGAGCGGUUACCGUGUCAACAGGUUUUCUUCCCUGCUGCCGGGAGGCAACAGGCAAAACUCAGCGACAGCAAAAGACUACACCAUUCUGGACUGCAUUUACAGCGAGGUGAACCAGACCUACUAUGUUCUGGAUGUGAUGUGCUGGCGGGGACACCCUUUUUAUGACUGCCAGACUGAUUUCCGGUUCUACUGGAUGCAUUCAAAGUUACCAGAAGAAGAAGGACUGGGAGAGAAAACCAAGCUCAAUCCCUUUAAAUUUGUAGGACUAAAGAAUUUCCCUUGUACCCCUGAGAGCCUGUGUCAGGUGCUGUCAAUGGAUUUCCCUUUUGAGGUAGAUGGACUUCUCUUCUACCACAAGCAGACCCACUACAGCCCUGGAAGCACUCCUCUUGUGGGCUGGCUGCGCCCCUACAUGGUGUCAGAUGUUCUUGGAGUAGCCGUGCCAGCUGGCCCACUGACCACCAAGCCAGAAUAUGCUGGGCAGCAGCUCCAGCAGAUUAUUGAGCACAAGAGGAGCCAGGAAGGCAUGAAGGAGAAAGUCACACACAAGGCAUCUGAGAGUGGACACUAUGAGUUGGAACACCUGUCUACCCCCAAGCUGAAGAGCCCUCCCCAUGGCCUUGACCCCCCAGGGAGCCUCAUGGAAAACUAAACAGGGUGGCUCCUUGGGGAGUCACAGGAUGGGGCUUGGUCCCAGAAGGAAGGCUGGGGAGGAGGACAAUGACAACAAACGGGUGACUUCAUUUUAGAGUGGACUUUCCAAAGCCACUCCAGCUGGAAACAGCUUAUCUCCUAUCUGAAAUGCUGGCUCAGACAGUUGAGGGCGGUUUCCAGAUUGGAUGGAUUUGGGAUUUGAGAAGUAACUCCUGUGAAAAGUGUAUCCCAGAUAUCUACAAUGUAAAUAUAUGUAAUUCUUAAGAAA